AGUAUUCAGACGCUAAUCGGAAGCGAAGAGUAUAUAUAUGUUUAUCGAAAAUUCCUGCAAUGAGGUUGAGUGGUAAUGCUCUGUUAGGUGGCCACCCGCCGACUGAAGUAUUCGGGAUUCUAAAUACUUGACGUGAACUUCAUGUAGAUGUCUAAGGUGUCAUUUGGACGUCAUAGCAACAUGUGCAUUACUGUGCUUAAAUGUCUCAUCGUAUUCCUUCAUGUGAUUCUUGUCGUUGGGAGACAAGACAGACGAAAUGUUCUUUUCAUCAUUGCUGACGACCUGAGAACAUCUUUGGGCUGUUAUGGAGACUUAACAGUAAAAUCGCCAAACAUUGACCAACUGGCAUCAAAAAGCCAUGUUUUCCUCAAUGCAUUUGCACAGCAAGCCGUUUGUGCACCGAGUCGAACGUCCAUGUUGACAAGUCGCAGACCGGAUACAACCAGGCUGUAUGAUUUUAAAUCAUACUGGAGAGUGCAUGCUGGAAAUUACACCACUCUCCCACAGUAUUUUAAAUCACAUGGUUAUGUUACCAUGUCUGUGGGAAAAGUAUUUCACCCAGGCAUUGCCUCAAACUACACUGAUGACUAUCCUUACAGCUGGUCCAUCCCUGCAUACCACCCUGCUUCAUUCAAAUUUGAGAAACAAAAGAUGUGUAAAGGAGAAGACGGUCGCCUCCAUGCCAACCUGCUGUGUGCAGUGAAUGUCACAGAGCAGCCUGGAGGAACACUGCCUGACAUGGAGAGUGUAGAAGAGGCGGUGAGACUUUUGAAGACUCGAGCCACAGACGGCGAGCCUUUCUUCCUGGCUGUGGGCUUUCACAAACCCCACAUUCCCUUCCGUAUACCGCAGGAGUAUCUGCAGCUCUAUCCCAUAAAAAAGAUGACGCUGGCCCCUGACACAGAUGUUCCGAAACGCCUCCCCCCUGUGGCCUAUAACCCUUGGACAGACAUUAGGAAGCGAGACGAUGUCCAAAAACUCAAUAUUAGCUUCCCGUAUGGACCAAUUCCUAAAGACUUCCAACUCCGUAUCCGCCAGCACUACUAUGCCGCUGUGUCUUACAUGGAUGCCCAGGUUGGACGGCUGCUCAGUGCCCUUGAUGCCCUGGGGCUGGCUCAGAGCACAAUAGUGGUUUUCACCUCCGAUCAUGGCUGGUCGCUAGGCGAGCAUGGUGAAUGGGCAAAAUACUCCAACUUUGAUGUGGCGACGCAUGUCCCUCUUAUAAUUUAUGACCUUGAGCCUCCUGAAUCGCAAAGUGGGCUGAAAGAACCUACCUUUCCAUUUUUGGAUGUCUUUAGCCAACCAGAGGUCAUCUUUAAGAAUGAUAAAGUCGUGGAAAAUGUGGCCGAGUUGGUGGCCGUUUUUCCAACAGUGUGCUACUUGGCUGGCCUGAAAAUGCCUGCCCCCUGUCCUGAAGUUUCUCACCAGGAUGAGCUGUGUACAGAUGGAAGGAACUUGGCAGAUGACUUUGAACGUGAAAAAAAAAUCAAUCCAGAUUCUGUGGCUUUCAGCCAGUAUCCACGGCCUGCUGAUACACCACAGGAGAACUCGGACCUGCCUGACCUCAAAGACAUAAAGGUGAUGGGCUACUCUGUGCGCACCUAUAACUUCCGAUUCACCAUGUGGCUAGGCUUUGACCCCAAAACCUAUCAAAUCAAUACGUCUGAUGUCCAUGCUGGAGAGCUGUACGUGAUAGCAGAUGACCCCGGUGAGGACAAUAACAUCUAUGAUGACCAUGGGCCGCACAGCAUGAUGAAAAUGAAGAACAUGCCUCUUUUUACGAGGAUGAAGCUGCAGCUCCUCUAUCUCACAGCAGGACUGAAGACAAAUAGAAAGAAAGCAUGAUGACGGGCUGUUAAGGGCACACGUGCAAUAAAAGCCAGAAAAGGGAAACUCAUUUAUAAAUAUAUUUAUUUAAAUACUCAGUUCAUAUGGAUGGUUAGAUAAUUGUCCAGCAAAGAAAUAAAUUUGUGUGCAGAUGCAUUGAA